AUGGUUAGCAAGAGUAGCGGCGCAGUAUCCUCUGAAGCAGAGAUGCAGAACUUCAGUCUCACCUCGACAUACAAGCUAAAGACAGGCUAUGAAAUCCCAGUCUUGGGAUUUGGAACCGCCGGCGAUGUGUCCGAAAACUACCAGAUGGACCCCACGGAAGGCCAAGUCGCCGUUCUCGAAGCCCUCAAAGGGGGCUACAGACACAUCGACUCUGCCCAGAUGUACGGAAGCGAGAAGUGCGCUGGUACGGCCAUCCGCCAAAGCUCCAUCGGCCGCGAGCACCUUUUUUUUACGUCCAAGGUUCAGUCUGGUGGUGGAUAUGAUGCCACAAAGGCCGCUAUAGACUCAGGCCUCAAGGAAUCAAACCUUGGAUAUUUCGACCUAUAUAUAAUUCAUGCUCCGUACGGCGGGCCUGAGACGAGAAAAGGUGCGUGGCGAGCCAUGGUCGAAGCUAAACGCGACGGAAAGAUCCGAUCUUUGGGCGUAUCUAACUACGGCCUCCACCACUUGCAAGAACUUGAAGAUUAUAUCAGCGAGCUCGAAAAGCAGCUUGGUCAGGGCAACGGCGGAGAAAUCAGCGUCGGCCAGUGGGAGCUUCACCCAUGGCUGGAUCGAAAAGAAAUCGUGAAUUGGUGUCGCACACGCAACAUCAUAGUGGAAGCGUACUGUCCGCUGAUUCGAGGACGAAGAUUUGAUGAGCCAGCCCUCAAGCCGCUGGUCGAGAAGUUUGGCAAGACAGCCGCACAAAUACUACUCCGCUGGAGCUUGCAAAAGGGCUUUGUUCCGCUGCCUAAAAGUGUGACACCGUCGAGGAUCGCUUCCAAUGCCGAUAUUUUUGACUUCUUUCUGACGGAAGAGGAAAUGGCCAGUCUCGAGACCGGCGACUAUGCGCCUUGCACUUGGGAUCCUACGGUGAGCACCCUGAGCGAAUGA